ACUCAUUCGGCGAAAAUUAAUGGUGGUGUUCGGUUCUACGUCGCGCAAGGCACAGUCUCUAGAGUCUCGCAGAGCUAAGAAUACAUCUCAGAAAAUCGGCAGCCAAUAUCCAAGUUCAGCCAAGUUUGCGGUGUGUAGGCAAGCCAUCGAAAAGUAACAACCGAAAUAACGGCAGUUGUCGCAUAGCAAAUGCCAAUUGCGAAUUGCGAGUUGCAAACGCAAAUCAAAGUGUGCGCAGGCGAAUAAGAAACAAAGAAACGCAAUUAAGAAACGUGAAGUAACAAUCCGGCAAAGCGAAUAAACCCGAUACCGAUUCCGAUCUGCAUCAGAAAAACCUUAGGCACCCAACAAAUGUACAUCUCUAAAUGCAUCAGCUAAGCAACAGUAUUCUUGCUCAACAAUAAAUAUACGAAAACUCUGAACGCGUAAAUACAAGAAAUAUUUCCGUAGCCGUGAUUAUUUGUUGCAUUUGAAUAAGAACUUCGAAGAUACGGGCAGCAGUCAGAACGCAGCGAGCUUAAGCCAACAACGUAGUACGACUAGCAAAAGACACCACCAAUUUAAUUUUAUCUAGAGAAACAUACAAUACGCAUACGCAAGCAAAGUAGCCAAAAUAUCUAUAUGUUUAGUACGUGUAUCGCUCAUUUAUGAUUGAUAUACUCGCAUAGCAAAGUUAUAUUUACAAAUCCCACAACAUAAUCGCAAGUGAGCCCGCAAAGACAACAACUGCUGCGAUACAGACCGCCGAGUUCGGUCAGAUCCACAUACACUUUCAUCCAAACCGCGUUAAGACAAAGCCAGCAAAAUAGAUACCAUGGAAGACAAUAACACGAGCAGCAGUGCGGGCGGUGCGUCCAUCAAACACGAGGAUCCAUCGGUGACACUCACAAUAAGGCUGAUUAUGCAAGGAAAGGAGGUUGGUAGUAUUAUUGGUAAAAAGGGUGAAAUUGUCAACAGAUUUCGUGAAGAGUCUGGUGCCAAAAUCAACAUUUCGGAUGGCUCAUGCCCGGAACGUAUUGUGACUGUGUCUGGUACAACUAAUGCAAUCUUUUCGGCGUUCACGCUCAUUACAAAGAAGUUCGAAGAGUGGUGCUCGCAGUUCAAUGAUGUAGGCAAAGUUGGCAAAACUCAAAUACCCAUUCGAUUGAUUGUGCCCGCCAGUCAAUGUGGAUCGUUAAUUGGCAAGAGUGGUUCAAAGAUCAAGGAAAUUCGUCAGACCACGGGCUGCUCCAUCCAAGUGGCCAGUGAAAUGCUACCCAACUCCACAGAGCGGGCGGUUACCUUGAGCGGCAGUGCCGAGCAGAUCACCCAGUGCAUCUAUCAGAUAUGUCUUGUCAUGUUGGAGUCCCCGCCACGCGGUGCUACCAUCCCGUACCGACCAAAACCACAGGUUACUGGCCCCGUCAUCCUGGCCAAUGGACAGGCUUUCACCAUACAAGGAAACUACGCGGUGCCCACACAAGAGACCUGUCCAGUAUUUCCACUUGCCCUGGCUACCGGCGGCCUACAUGCUGGUAUCUCAGGCUUGGCGGAUCCUUUGUUAAAGGGGGCACAUUUACAAGGAGCGAUACCAGCACACCACCAUCACCUACAGCAAAUGCCCGAUGUGGCCAAGAACCCGCUGGCCAGUCUGGCCGCCUUGGGCCUGGCUGGGAUGAAUCCGGCCAGCACUGGGGGCAUCAACCACACAGGCUCUGCCCCAGCAGCCUUGGCUGCACUGGCCGGGUCGCAACUGCGUACAGCGAAUCCCGCGAACCGAGCCCAGCAGCAGCAGCACGAGAUGACCGUCUCAAACGACCUGAUUGGCUGCAUCAUCGGCAAGGGUGGCACCAAGAUCGCCGAGAUUCGCCAAAUAUCCGGCGCCAUGAUCCGGAUCUCCAACUGCGAGGAGCGCGAGGGCGGCAAUACUGACCGCACCAUCACCAUCAGCGGCAAUCCGGACUCGGUGGCCCUGGCCCAAUACUUAAUCAAUAUGAGUGUUGAGCUGCAGAAGGCCAAUCUCCUGGAGCAGGCCCAGGCCCAGCAGAAUGGAGGUGCUGCCGCAGCUCCCGGAGCUGCUGCUGCCGGAGUGGCGGCAGUCGCCGGAGCAGCAGCUCCGACCUCGGCCACAAACGGAGCUAUCACGACGGUGACCCUCACCAGCGGCACUGGUGUCGUGGGAGCCGGUGCUGCAGGAGCCACCGGGGUUGCCAAUGGCGCAACUCCGGCGGCCAACGGCGGCGGCAGCAAUGGUACCAUCUCUGCCACCGGAUACGCCAGUGCCAAUGGCGGCCAGGCCACAAAUGGAUCUGUCGGAGUAAACCCGGCAGCGGCCGCCGCCCUGUCCAGUCCUCUGGCCUCGGCCCUUCAGCUGCUGACCAAGCCGGGAGCCCUAAGCGCUCUGUCCAACCUGAGCGCCCUCGACCUGCUCAACUUAACCACGCUGGGAAACACUAAUGGGGCCGGAGCCAAUCCGGGCGGACCGCCAGUGCAGACGACGGGCGUAAAUCGGGCCAAGGGUCACUAUGCCACCUCCCGAUUCCGGCAGCACCAGACGGAGACUGGCGGCGAGGCGGAGAAGCCGCGCAACAAGUUUAAUCCGUACUAGGGGUAGGGCUGCAGCUGCGUCAGCUGGAGAGCAGUGGAGUUAUAGUCCCGUAGUUAUAUAGGAUUUCCAUGUUAGCGUUGCGAAAGCUUUAGUCUUUAGAUUCUUGAAGAAGAAAAAUUGUAUAAAAUUCGUUUUAAACUUAUGUGGUAUGCGUACAAACUGCAAACGUAUUCAUAUUGUAUUCAGAUUCGUAUUCGAAGUUUCAAGACAAUUCUUACAUCUAGUUAAAGCACAGUAUCAUCCCAGUUAUAUGUAGACAGAACCUACGCAAUAUUUAUCAACGUUUUUGAAAAACAAUCUAACCACAACAAUAAGAAGUCACACUUAGAUCAGCCGCAUAGGGCAGCUAGAGAUUUGAAUAAUGGAUCAGAAUCGAAAAUCAAGCACUUAAACCAUUUUGUGUAUCGAAUACGUAGGGACAGGGUCAUCUGUGUAUGGCCCGAUUGAAAUAUUUUGACCAAGUGACCAAGGACCCUAGUGGGCGCUAUAGAUUUUGGACCCCAAAACUUUUGAUAAAUGCCUAGUAUGACUUAUAUACACCGGUACAUAGAAAUGUAUCGAACAUAACAGAAUUUGCCAAAUUUUAGCGCAUCCCCUAGUAGCGUUCUUCGAAGCUUUAGAUUAGAUUAGAUCGCGUUUAUCGGAUUCGAAUACCGAAUAUCGGAUAUAGAGCAGGUACCGAGCAUAAAUUUAUCCUCAACAGCCAACAAUCUUUACCCAAUCCAUUCAUUGUAACAUAAAACACGAUCCAAUACUUAUAAUCCAUUGUACUCUCUUAGAUCGUAAGCACUAAACGUAUUUUUCCUAUAUAUACGAUUAUAUUAUUUAAACAUUAAGCAUAAAGACCCAAAAGCCAUUUUCCGACUAAGGAAGCAGCAGCAAAGAAAGUGAAACAGACAGAUGAUGAAAUAAAAAAGAACCUUCUAUAAGAAGUUUACAAAUAGAAAUUCCAAUGCGUAAAGCCCCCGAGCCAAGAGGAAACGAUGAGAUUUGAGCUCUGAGCGCGGGGGAUCAACGACCUUUAUGGACCAAUUCGCUCUAAUUGACGCAAUCCACGCAAUGAGCGUACAAAAACCAACUAUUUGAAUAGAAAAACGAACACACUGAGAAACACAUGAAAACGCUUAGAAAUGGCGGUCAGAGAAUCAUAUUCAAGGCGUAUGUUUCGCAAAAGGAGAAUUUUUGAAAAGAAUUGAAGAGAACGUUAUAUUGUAUUAGACUUUAAGUCUUCGAUUGUUUAUGGAAUUUUAUUUGUUGGUUUUACCAAUUUUCCCAACCCCAAUUUUGUAUUUAUUACGCGAUUGUAAAUUUUUGUUAUUAUUUGUAACCAAAACACUUUUGAAUUGGUCAAAAAUAAUGUUGAAAAGUAUUUGGAAAUUUGAUUUUCUCUACCUUAAAGUACACGAAAUUACUGUAGCUAUUUUAAUGGAACUUGAUAUGAUUUUCUUAUUAUUAUAUUUACCGGUAGUUCUAAGAAGAAUGACACAUUAUUAUGUAUCGCAUUAAGCUAAGCGGGCUUACGAUUUUAUAACCAAAUUAUAUUCCUAAAUAUUCAUACAUACAUCUACAUACAUACAUACCCAUGCAUACAUAAACUAAACUUAUAUGCGAACAUACUUAUUAUGGCUCAUUAACACAAUGUAGUUAAAAAGUGAAGAAGAAGCGUAUAAACAUAAAAUCGUAUAAUUAAUUAUAAUACUUUUGGUAUUAACGAAAAUAGGCACAACUAGAAAAGGCUUACCUGUAGAACAACAACAGCAGUAGGAACUGCAACAGCGUCGGUAACAAAGCAAAAUAGUUUAUAUGCAAGAAAACAUGAUGGAAGACACAUGAGUUUGUAAUAAAGAGAAAAAUGAAUACUAAACGAA